AUGGAUGCGUCUGGCCACGUGUCGAUCGACGAUUUCGUAGUCUUUGCACGAAGCCGAAUGAAGCCAGACACACAAGACACCCAAACCUCCAAGGACGAUGAGACGUCGCUGCUUUCAGAAGAGGAUCAGCUCUAUGUGAUUCGAACUCUCGAAAGUGCCCUCAGAUCGUAUUUCGGCCGGGGCCGGGCCCUUCGCCGGGACGGUUGGGAGACCUUCUUCCAAGACUGUGGCGCUGAUCGGUACGGCCGUAUAAGCUUCGAGAAGCUGAUCCGGGGGAUGAGGCAAAGACUCUUAGCUCUGCCUGGCAUUGAGAGCCAGGAUGUGGCCUCUGCAGUGGUUCGUGGAGUGAGUUUGGAGGAGUUUCGAGCAAUUUGGCGUUUGUUCGAAGACAAGGGAAGCGUUUCAGCCAAGGACUGGGCGUUGGCUUUGUACCGGGCGGAGCUGAACUCAUGGCCCACAGCGGUGGACGUGCAGCUGCGUUCCACGGUGAGAUGCUUGAAACUUCGUGCCGAUCGGAUCUACCAGAGUCCUGACAAUUGGUACCGGGUUUUUUGCAUGGCGACGGAGAAUUCUCCCACGAUCUUUUUCGAUGAGUUGCUUUUCAUCGUAAGAACGAAGAUCCCGGGCCUCUCGCUGUCCCCGCGAGAGCUGCCAACUGACCGGCCGGAGGCAGAUGAAUGGAACUUAUUCUCGGAGUUCAACAUGGAGUCUCCCUUCACAAAUACCAGACCUUGCAGAUACAAGGAGGAGAUGGAGAAGUUCUUGCAAAGAAACGCCAGCAACCGCCUUCUCCUCCACAUCGACGAGCACCGCUCCAUGAGCACAUCUCCUGAAUUCAGGCGAGGAGCACUGCUUUUGGCUGGCUCACUUCCACAGAUGUGUCAGGUGAUUGCCACCUACCUCGAACCGCCGGAUCUAGCCGCACAGGGUUCGUCGCAGGUUUGCCGCUUUCCAAUUGCCAUGAUGCUAGUAGAUGUGAGCCCCUUGCUGACCAGGGACGCUUCAGAUGCUGCACCUGCCACGGCGGCAGGAUUGCCGAAAAUCAAACUUCCUGCCGAAGGCUGGGGUGGCAAGGAAGAACGAUUGCUCGCAACUUUGCGAGUCAAGCUAAGCCUUUUCCUUGUGCACAUUGGUCUUGACCAGCUCCACAUUCCACAAGAUGAGAAGAGCGACCUGCGCAGAACUUUCAGAAACAUCCAGGACCAGCUUGACAAAGAGGGAAACCUGGAGAGCAAGCUCAUUGGAGCUCUUGGAAGUUUCAGCGUCGCUUUGCCAGAUCUAGAUGAACAGGUCUCAGGAGCAGUGGACUUGUUGUUGGGCAUAAAAGAUGCCCGGGCAGAGGACAGAAGGUAUCCGGGAGUGAUCUCGUUGGACAACCGGAAGCUGACUCUUUCGCUGGAGAGGUUGAUGGCAGUUCAAGAUGCCAGGGAUAAAGCCUCGUCAGUCUUUGACAAAGCCCAAGAAGUAUUCUGCUCGUCUCUGAUGGAAUCUGGGAGUUGGUGUGACGGUAUGCUUUUAGAGCGAGCUUAUUUGUGGGCUCUUGCCUGCAAAGCGGCUAAGGAAGAGGACGGCUUUAAAUUUGUGAGCAAGCCUCGCAAAUAUAAGUUUCAAUGCAAGGACAUACGAGACGGAUUGCAACAAGUCGAUGGGAAGAACGCAAGAGUCUUCACAAAGGAGGGAGACCCCUGCAUUGAUGGCAUCCGCUGCAUAGAGGAUGGUGUCAUGUAUCACGCGCUUUCAGAAGGUGGCACGGCUGGCACGCACAAAGGCUUCAACAUUUGGUUCAAGACCGAAGCAGAUGAAUUAGUCCUGAGCUCAGUGCUCUUGGAUGUGACUGGAGCUACGAAUGCAGAAACCUGCAACAAAAAGGCUUCAAAUAUUGCUCAGAAUGUGAACGCAGUGAAGCACACGGUGCAGAACGCGGAAUCGCAGGUAAAAUCAGUAAUUGGCGUUCUUCUUGCUCCAAAUUGCAACAGUCCCAUUGUGGAUGCACGAGAGCAGCGGGACGUUCUGACCAUCCGUGCCGAAUGCUUGAUUGACCCCGCUUCGCAUGCUGUGGCGGGAAAUGGACAGUGCCAGGACUGGCCUAGUGAGCCAUGGCAGUUUUAUCGCCCGGGUGAGUGGGAUGCGAAUACCGAGACCUGCCAGUGCUAUGAAGGCUGGGAGAAGUCAGGGAUUACAGAUACGGUGAAUUUUCUGGAAGGCAUUUGCGAUCAGUACAAGUGCAUCAGCGACGAGAAGUGCGAAAGCCACUUAGAGAUCAAAGGUGCUACUUGUCCCCUGGCCGGCUGGAACUGCUACUGUGGCUGGGAGUAUGCGCUGAAGAACGGCGGCCAUGGCUACGAGACGCUGGGAAAAGGUGGCGGGGCCUGCAUGGGCGGCAUGUUCACCUUCUCCGUUUGGGCCACGGAAGGAGCCGAGAUGUUGUUAAUGCACACCUGGAAAGUCUUUGUGGUCGCCGCGCUUCUGCUGUUGCCCUUCGGCCGGAAGCGCGUGAAUUGCGAUCACCACAUGCCCUCAAUGUGGCGCAGUUUGCGCGAUCUGCUGGGAGCGGAAUGCCAUGGCGAGUGCUUGGCGGUGGACCAGUAUAACUUAACGAUGUUCAAGGACGACUUAGCGUGGUCCAUGUAUGUCUUAGACUUGCUGAUCUGGACCUACGCCUUCCUCAUCGUCACCUGGGCAGUGACUCUCUUCGUGUGGUCCGUCGUACUGUGGGCCAUGGUGAUCUUGAUCUUUCUUGGCAUGAUGGUUGCUGGUCUUUUUGCAGCCUGUGGCGAGUCUUCCGGAGCUUGUUGCAACGGCGCGAAUUGCACCUGCGACGGCUGCUGCGGAGCAGGCUGCGACGGUUGCUUGUUGCCGCCCACUGCUUCUCCACACAGUGUGGAUUUCUUCUACUGGGGUGGACCCUAUCCCUACACCGACUGCACUGGCUGCAUUCCAAUGGGAGCCACCGACGAGGGAAGCUGCUGCUGUGGCUGUUCCUUGCGUUGUUGCUGCUCCUGCUGCUUUCCCAUCGCAUGGAUGUUAUUCGUCUUCCCGCGUGCGCCGGAGAACGCCUGGGGCGGCUUGUUAGGACGAGCCUUUGGUACCCACAGCAUGACGGUGCCGGGCAACCGGGCAAUUGUGCAGUUGCGGGCGCCUGAGCGGCUCUACCAGGGCGGCAAUUGCUUCGUGGAGUUCUUUGGCAUGUCCUGGCGACGAGGUGCGCAAGAUGGUCGCAACUUGGGAGAGGCGCAGACCUUCACGCGGAUCUUGAUUGGAGGGAGCUAUGACAGCACCACUGACACAGAGAAUGGCGAAAUUCGGCCUCAGCCCUUUGUGCAGGCGGAUGGACAGAUUCGAAACGUGGUGGCCCUGGGGCGGAGGUGUCAUGCCAUUCUCAUCAACAGGCCCUUCGACAAAGUCCGUGAUGCUUGCGUCGAGUCCUCCUUCAACGACUACCGUGACAACAAGUGUUGGAUUUGUCAGGAUGAGACCAACAACGAGUUCGACCUCUGGCUGAAUUGCCAUCACAUUUUUUGCUCAAGAUGUUCCUCCGAAAUGCUGCGGCGGAAUAUGCCCUGCCCCUUGUGUCGAGUGGCCUCCACUUCGGUGUUGCGGGGCUGUUCCCUUGGUCCCAGACUAUUGUCUCCAACGAUUUCUCCGAAGCCUUCAAGAGGAAACAAGUUGCUGGCAGCGCCUGUCCAAGGCACCAUUUGA